AUGGCGGACAGCCUGCAGCGCCUUCAGGCACGCUUUCAGCGCUUGCUUCUGACCAACCUGGCCGGCAUCCGAGCUCUCAGCACUCUCCCACCAGGCCGUCGAGGCGCCGGACCGCUUGUGUACCAGCCUCGACUCAUCUCGGCCACGAGGCGAUCGGGUGGAUCGCGACUCUUGUCGCCCCACCCUCGGUCCAUGCAUCCCGAGCAGCGUUACCGACGCGAGCAACGCGCUGCAGCCUUCCUUGAAUCCGUCGCCGACGUUGCUCAUGGCACCGACGACGAGUGGAUCGAUGAAGACCUCCAGCGUGCUCCCAACCGGCGCUACCACGAGCGCAGCUACGCCGACGCAGUUGCUGCGAGCGAGCGCCAAGCCCUACUCGCCGUGCUGCAAGGCACUAUCGAGCUCCAGCAAGGCACUAUCGAGCUCCAACGCGCCACGCUCGAAUUCGUCCAGAGCCUCGCGAGACAGCCGCGUGAGUCAGUCCUGGUUGCGGCACUGCGCAAGCUGGCAGAGUGGCCAGGCACUUUCUAUCGCGCACUUGUGCGCCCAGCGAUCGUGGCGAACCUCCGCUGGAUCGGAGCGGUUCCGCGUCAGACGCUGGGCAAAGUCGUCCGUGCGGCUGCGAGCGCCUACGUAUCCGCGGUGACGGUCGGCGUCCGCACCCGCGCCCGAGACAAAACCAUAGGCCCAACACCCAAAGCGACGCCGCGACAGAAGGCCCGCUCGAUCCUCGGCAUCGCAUUCGCGCUCGGGUCGCUGCACACGCUCCGACCCUACAUUCGCAUCUUCUCGCCCGACUUCUUUGCGCCGCUCUUGUCGCCGCCGGGUAUCGAGCCGAUGAUCGGCGUGCUCGUCCAUACCGCCUCGCUGCCCCUCCUCCUCGCUUCGGUCGCCACCGCAAAGUACUUUGCACGCCGCUUGCGCACCAACUCUCGCGACGGCUCUCCGCGAAAGCGCUCAAGCCGGUCCACCCGCCAAGAAUCCAGCCGCCCUUCCGACUAG